GUUGAUGCACUGGAAGGAUUUUCUGCUGGUGAAAAGCAAAAGGAAUAUCACAAUGGUGUCAUACCUGGAAGAGUUUCCUGGUCUUAUCCACUUUAUCUAUGUGGAUCGUUCAGAUGGUCGGAUGAUUGCACCCUCCCUAAAUGUGACUGAUCACGCUGUCUCCGAGCUCGGAAAGGGGCCUCUAGCUGACUUCAUAAAGAGCAAGGUUUGGAGUCUUGUGGCAACAGCACAGCAGUACCUGCAAAAGGGUUACACCACCGUCACGCUCCGGGAUGGAGAUUAUUUCUACUGUUACUUCCUAUGGUUUGAAAAUGAAACGGGUUACAAACUGGAAGUCAUAGACAUACCCAGCUCCCCAGACAAUGGCGCUCCAGUAGGAAUGCUCACCUGUGAUUAUUACAGGAAACUGCUGCGGUAUUACAGCAAAAAACAUCAGAACGAAGUGUUGAAGUGUUAUGAACUGUUUACUGUGCAUCUGGGUGUGAUCCCCAGUGAAUAUAUUCUUCAGCACUGCAGUCAGCUGGCCCGUAAGCUGUGGGAGCCCUCCCGUAUCCCGCUUCUGUGACCAGCACGGUCCUCAGAGGAUUAUGGUCCAUGCAGCCGUGUUCACUUUAUUCUGUAGCUGCAUGAUCUGUAAUCUAUAUGGAGAGUUUUCUGAACUUUCUGCACAAGCACUUCUUAUUUCAGUUAAGGUGAUUGCAGAAAAUAUUGUGUCGGGGAAACCAAA